CUUCCACCAGCUACCAAAUCAUCACCGCCAUAAUGCGCAUUUCAGCCCUCGCCUUCGCUGCUAUUCUGUCGCUGGCCUCGGCCAAGAAGAUCAACAUGCACUGUAACUUCGCUGAGGACGACACCGGCAUGGUUCAGCAGCCCUUCUGCUGCCGUGAUAUGGCGCCUGCACGGGGAAACUCGAAGGCAAAUGAGGCAACGGACUGUGAUCAAUUGGAUCAGCCUCAGCUGUGUGAGGAUCAGUCUCGGCCAGCGUGUUGCUAUACUAUUGGGCCGAAGAAGAUCUGUACUGGACAUGUUAUUUUCCAGGAUGCGCAAGAUGUUUAG